AAACAAGGGGCUUUAACCGUUUUCACUCGUAGAGGCUGCGCUCUCGUCGCGCCGGACGCCGCCGCUCCUUCGCUGCUCGGGAGGGAGGAAGACAGAGGGAGACUAGGGUGCUACUCCGGCGGUAGGCGGGGCAGCUGUCCCACCCUGCCGCAUGGGGGGCUCCGCCUAUGCUCGCGUCGCCGCCGCGCGCCCCCUCUCCGUCUCGGCCCGUCCCCGUCUCCCACCGCCCUCUCCCUCUCCCACCACCGCCGUGCCCGCCUUCACUCCGCACGCCUUCCACACGCAGCUCGCAUCCGUCGCGCCGCACCUCCCCUCCCUCCUAGCCGCGCUCUCCCGCGCCCGCGCCGCGCGGCUCCCGCUGCUCCCGGUCACCCGCGCGCUCGCCGCCUCAGCGCUCCUGCGCCACGGCCGUCUACCCGACGCCCUCGCACACUUCAGCCACCUCCCGGACUCCGACCCCACCGCCCCUCUACCCGCACCGCUAUGCAACUCCCUGCUCGCAGCGCUCGCGUCGUCCGCUGGAUCCCUCGUCCACGCGCGCAAGGUGCUCGAUAGAAUGCUGGCGCGAGCUGUCGAUCUGGAUACCGUCGGGUUCGGGGUGUUCGUUAAGGCCGCAGGCAGGAAAGAUGACGGACUGGCCGAAGUCCUGCGCCUGGUGGAUGUGGUGGGCUGUCAGGGGAGACAGGUUAACAGGUCGGUUGUGGUGGCAAUGGUUGUCGAUGGUAUGUGUAGGGAGGGACGAAUUGAGGAUGCUUGGCGUGCUCUGGAGGAGAUGAGGCUACGUGGGUGGAAACCAGAUUUCGUGGCAUAUAGGAUUGUGGCCGAGGGGUUUAGGGUAGCGGGGAGGGUGGAAGAGGAAGGAAGGAUCUUGAAGCAAAAGAGGAAGCUCGGGGUUGCACCUAGAAAGGAUGAGUACAGGGAGUGUGUGCUUGUGUUGGUGUCCAACAGGUUGGUUACAGAGGCGAAGGAGAUGGCCGAGGCGGUUGUGCUGGGAGAUUUCCCAAUUGAUGAUGAUGUGCUGAACAUUUUGGUCGGUUCAGUGUCUGAGAUUGAUGCUGAUGGUGCCAUCAUGUUCUGCAAGUUCAUGAUGGAGAAGGAGAGGUUUCCAAGUAAUGAGAUGCUUGUGCACCUUUGUGAGAGUCUUUGCAAAAGUGGGAAGGGUGACAAAAUGUGGGAGAUUUUUAGGGCGCUUUUGGACAAGGGGUAUUGUAGAAAUGCAAGGGAUUACCAUUUGGUGGUAUCAUUCUUAGGGAAGGCUGGGAAGGUUAGGGAGGCAUAUGGUGUGCUCAAGGAGAUGAAAAAAAAGAGGCUAGAGCCUGACAUUUCAUCAUAUAACUCCCUUAUGGAAGCGCUGUGUAGAAAUGACCUUCUUAGGCCAGCCAAGAAGUUGUGGGAUGAGAUGUUUACCAGUGGGUGUAGCCCAAAUCUGCAGACAUACAAUAUACUCAUAACAAAGUUUACAGAAAUGGGUGAAAGCGAAGAGGUCCAACAUCUCUUUGAUCAUAUGUUCCAGAAAGGAGUGGCCCCAGAUGGUGCAACAUACACGUCCUUCAUCAAUAUGUUGUGCCAAGAAAAUAAAUAUGAACGGGCCCUGGAGAUCUUUAAGAAAUCUUGGACGCAGGAUGCUGGAGUGGCUAGUUCCGUGCUGAGUAGUUUUAUACUUGCACUCUGCGAACAAGGUAAUUUCAAAGCAGCAUUGAUUGUUAUGUGUAAUGUUCCAUCUCAUGUUGAGAAUUUGAAUUCACACAUCAUCUUGCUGAAGUAUCUAACUGAUGUUGGGGAAGUGGAGAUGGCCAUUGAGCACCUAAAAUGGAUUAGGAGCAACUGCAGCUCUAGUUUUGAGAAUGUAAUGAAUGAGCUCAUGGCUUCUCUAGCCACAUCAGCCAGUCUUCAACAUGUGACAAAGUUGAUACAGUAUUUACACUCACAGAGGCUUGUUGAUGAUGCUGACCCAUGGAUGAGGUUAAUGGGAAAUGAAUAUACUUGAAAUUUUCUUUAUCAAAUUAAUACAUCUACAUUGUAAGGGAGGAAGGAAUGAUUGAGACUAUUAUGUGGUCUGAUCAGGCAGUCACGACUCACGGCCUUAUUAGAUAGAAAAGAUCUAUAUUUCAGUGUUUAUGCCUACCACAAAAUGGCCAGAUUACAGAAGGCACUGGAAAGUGUGCAAUGUAACCACGCUGUUCUCCGUACAAGAAAGUUGUUUAAUCUCACUUCUUUACACCCAUCGUCUUCAAUAGGAUGCUGACAAUUGAAGAUUACUAUGUGUACCUCUUCCCAGUAUGAAUGUCUACAAUUUUCCAUCUGUUUUCCAUGUACCUUAAUUUGCUGCUAAAAUGAUUUGAUGCCUUCUGAAUGCAAAAGUACCAUCCAACAAGAAUUAUUACUCUCACCUAUCAGCCCUUUGUUCUUGCCACAACCGCCAUAUUCACGUAUCAUGAGGCAAAGGUCAAUACUAGGGUGCGCAACUUUGCAGGAUGCAUGCUAUUCUUCUUGAGCUCAUUUGGAGUGAUCGUUAUGGUAAUGUUCAAGGCAGAAUGACUGGUGAUCUGUCCCUGAUGUGCCCAGAAUUCGUCCAGUCCUUUGCCGACAUGGCUGCAUCAGGUGCAAUAACCACGGCGUUAAGGUUCUUCACAGAAGCGGCUUUUGAGAAUUCCAGAGAUGGCCUGCGGAAAGGAGCUAGUAUGUGGCAACAAUUAGAUUUGCAUUUACCUCAUGAUUUAUAAUAAAACCUACCAUUACUGAUACAUAUGGAUGAAACUAAAUUUGUUGCAA